AGCCGAACAACGAGAUUCCGACACUAGUUGCAUAAAAGUGAACAACAUAUAGUUAUGGGAGAUUCAUGUUGUUUCUAGAGGCAGUGUUCUGACUCGGAGGGUGAGAUGAAGAGUAAAAUGAAGGUUAUGGAAAUUUUGAUAACAUUUGUAUUAAUUCUGGCUACAAUGACACAAGCCUCUAUAACUUGGCGGCGAGUAACAAAAUCUAAUUCAAUCAGAACAACUGAGAAACCUGUAGAAGCACUCACUACUCCAAAAUCCUCAGUCAUCUGGAAAAGAUCUACUCUCUCUCGAAGAUCAACUCCCGAUGAAAUAUCAGAAGAACCACCAAUUGAUGAGGAAGAUUUAGAAUACGAAGAAGCGGACCCAAAAGAAGAUGUGGUUACUCCUGAUGAAAAUGACAAGGAGGAGCCGUCCAUCAAACCACUUGUUCCAGGCUCAAGACCAGGCUUUUGGUUUGAUUCUGCUAGACGAAGAAAGCCAUCAAAUCUUCUUAGACCAGGUUCAAGAAGAAAUUCUCUUUUUCCUUCAAAAGCGACAGCAGCUCCUACUUCAACCACCGAAAGCGUUACAACAGCCUUGCCCAUCACCCCACUCACACCGCCUGCUCUGGAAGACACCACAACAAAUAAAGACUCAGCAGAAGGAAUUAAAAAACUUUUUGGACGAAAGAGACCUACAAAACCAUCUAUUUCUUUCAGAAAAAGGCCUAAAACGACGAAAACACCAAGCACAUCUUCUACCAUAGUUUCCGAGAAAACAGCUGGAAAAAUUACUUCAACUGAAAGUGCAGAAAUACUUUUAGUUGACGACGAAGAAAUUCCCUUAAACAGAGAAAGUGGUUACCCCAAAAAAGAAAGGAACUCUUCAAACAUAUCCACUACCAAAUCUCCUCCUAGAUCCUUAGGUUUAGGAACUAGAAGAAGAAUAAAAAAUGGAACACGUCUGUCAUGGAACAAAAAAAGCGAUCAGUUGGAAACAAAAACAACGUCUGUUCCUCAACAACUGGAUUUAACAACAACUUCAAGUAGUCUAUCAACAAAAGACUUUAACAGACUCUCACGAAGACCUACUAGUUUUCCAAGAAGCAGAUCUAGAAUAAGAUCUAAUAAAACUACCUCUUUACCUCAUGUUUCGUGGUCAAGAAGUCAAAAACCCACAGAAUUUCCAAAUGUUUCUACUACUGAAAGUUAUGAUAUAAAGGAAUCUGAAAAGUCUUGGACAUCCCAGAAUUACAUAAGGAACAGAAAUGCUUAUAAAUUUAACAGAAUUAUUGCUAAUUCUACAACUGAAGUAGAUAGUAAGCUAAACGCAUCAAACAUUGAAGUGAAGUCUGAAACUGAGAAACAGAAUUCACGACCGCCUAAGCAGAUUUAUCCUCGAACUACAGUGGAACCUUUCUAUAUCACUAGAGAUUACGGGCGAUUGGUUACUGCUAUACCAGAUUUAAAAGACGUAAAAGAAACCCCAUAUCUAAAUAUAACAAACACAUUCAAUGCAGCUUCAAAUACGAAGACCGAAAUCACCACAACCGAAAAUUUUGAAUCCACAUUACAGGAUGACACGUUGAAUGACCACCUGGAAUUCAACGAAGUACCAUUUAUGACCACAACUAUGAAGUCGACACCCAAACAUCAAAACGUGGAAUACCAUAAAGAAAAAAUUGUCCAAGAUCUACCAACAAGUACUGCAACGAAAUCGAUUAUCCGUCCACCUACAGUGCCUCCGACUGUAGAUCCUGGUAAUAAUGCUUACGUUGUCUGGAGUGUUGGACAGGGUGGAAGUGGAUGGACUUACGAAAAGCAUGGAGAUCAAGUCAAAUGGUCAGCUCAGAACAGUGCAGCUGAAGGAGAUUGGUGGUCUGUAACAAGGAAGGAUGUUGAAACAACACCAGAAGCUCCACUUUGGGAGCCUGUUCGGAACAUUAACCAGCAAUAUUCUGUCAAAUUGAAUGAAACAUUAUCAAAAACUUCAAAUACAUUUAAAGAAUAUUUCAAGGAUAUUAAAAGUGAUAGCUAUCAUCAUAUGGGAAAGACAUCGUUCGUUCCUAAUGUUUCUUACAGAAAUGAAACAUUGCUCAGCGUAAAAGCGCCGACUGAGCCAUUCUCAGCAGCACCACACGCAGAUACUGCAAUAUUCUCUCAGUUGCCUGAGGAAAAAACAUUCUUGCAUAAUAUAUCAUCUUUAGUAUGGUCAAAACCAGCAAUACCGAAGGAAUUUCCAUAUUUUUACAAUUCCACAUUACUAAACUCCGAAAUAUUAGAUACGAAUAAAUUCCAGUAUCCUAGAAUUAAUGAUACUGAAAACGGCAAACAAGAAAAAGAACUUAAUGAACAAAUCUUCCGUCUUCCAAAUGAAGAUUCUCCUCAUGUGUCAGUUAGUGUGCCUUAUAUGGCUGAAAUUCGAGAAACGUUCAAUAAUGUACCAUCAACAGCAACAUCAAAUAACUCAAAUAUUCAAGAAUAUGUUACAGAAAUCCCAGUACUUUCAGAAGAAAAAACAACUUUCUCGCAGCAAGAAGUCUACCCUGUAACUGAAGUAGUUGCUCAGAAUACUCCAUCUGCAGUUCAGCCUUAUUUUCAGAUUACCCACACAUCUUCCCAGAACUAUGCUGAUCAGCAAAACGUUGGUACUCAAGUUCUAGAACCUAUCACCAACCAAGGAAGAUAUCAAAGAAUACAAGAUUUAUUCGGAAUUCCUCCUGCUCUUGCCAAAGCUGUGGUCGAAUCCAAGCGAUGGAGAGUGGUUGGCUCUGGUGGAGAAGAUGGUUGGUCUUUGUUAGGUGAAAAUGGCGAACUAGAGUGGAAAAUCCACAACAUCGAUGGCAAGUGGAGAAUCACAAGCGCUGAUGAGUGGUUCAAAAUGAAUACGCCAUUAACUGAACUCGACACAGCUUCUCCAGAAAAAGAGCAAAAAACUACAGAAAAUGAUGAAAACAAGCAGGAUUUUAAACAAAACACUCCAAAAGUUUGGACUUUAGAAGACGAUUACAAGAUGUGGAAAGCUGUAUCUUCGGAGAAUGGUGAACCUGUAGAUGAUUCACCUGAGGAAUGGGCAUUCAAUCCAGCAUAUGAUUAUGACAGAUAUCCUGAACUACCAGAUGAUUAUUAUUCCAAUGACUAUUUCACCAGUGAACCAGUUGUCGAACAGAUUAAAGCAUAUCCAUCAGAAGAUUUCGAAGAAAGGCCUAUAUGGGGAACAGGGAGCAUCGAAAUGAUGAAGUUAUCUGAUGGUUACAGUCAACAAUAUGGAGGUGCACUAGAACAUGCUAAUACUAAAGAAGAUGCCAUAGCAGCUUGGAAAUCCUUACUGGCUGAGCAAGGCAAAUGGAAAUUAUCUCAUGGGGAAGAAAAUAUUGGACAAAUAACUAAGCCAGCAGUUUUUCCUUCUAGUUACGAUUCACAACAAAGCAUUCCUUUAGCAAAAUAUAAAGACUGGAAAAUUUCGCCACAGUCUGAUUAUGGAGAUACAAAUAAGAAUAAAAAGCAGGAAUUCAAUUCAUAUAGCCUAAUCCAUCCUAACUUCCAAGAAAUGAAAUUAAAUAAAGAUAGAUAUAAUUACGAAAAUUUCCAACCGGAUGAAUCAAUGCAAGCUAAAUACGGAUCUUUUGAGCAAGACCUGGAGCAGAACAAAAACGAAUUCGACGGGCACGAAGGAUUGCAACAUCAAAAUGCUUCACAGAAGAAACAUUUAAAUCACUCUAAAAUAGAUUCUUUAAUAAAUAAACUUGAAAUGAUUCAAAGAAAUGCGAAAGGAAAAGCAGUUGUAGAUUUAGCUCAGCUAUUAAAAGUAAUAAAAGCCAACAAAUAUUCUUCAAAGAAUAUCUUUGAAAGGGGAGACAAUUUGAGUGUUAGAAAUCCUCCAGAAAAGAGGUAUUCUCACAUAAAGAACACAGGUGUAAUUGAAAAAGAUUAUCAGAGUAGUUUAUCAAAUCUGAAAUCCAAAAGUAAGGAGCUUGAAUCUGACCAGCCUUCACUCUAUUCGAAUUUUCAACUGCCAGAUUUUAAUGAAGACCCUACAAACACAAGAAAUCUUAAUUCAAAUGUUGAAGAAAAACGUUUUAAUAGUAGUAAAACUGAAACUUCUCAACUUAGGCCGCUUAGAAGAUAUCACAAAAUAAACACAAACAAUCAUUCAAACAGAAAUCAUAGGCUCAAACCAUCUCCUAAAAUGUCUUACAAAAUAGCAUCUGAAACACCUGAAGAACAGUAUGUCAUUCAUCGAAACACUGAACAACGAACAUAUAAGCCUUCUCAUAAUCUACCCACAUAUACACAGCAACCAACUUAUCAAGACUAUCAUACUACCAGAAGUCCAAUCCAAAGUGUACGUUACUACGAUGUAAAAGAAAAAACUAAAUACAGAAUAGCAACCAGUGCUUCACCAAUACAAUUUAAGACAAUUAGUACCACAGACACACAUGAUGAGGGUCAAACUAGUUCAGAAGAAGUUGUGAAUUACAGGGACAAAAGUGAGGUACCUAAUGAAAAAUCUGAAAUGAUUUCAAAUAUUGGGAUAAGGCGUUCUCAUCGGCCAAAUAAGAAACGGCCCCGUCGCCUUCAUAAUUCCGCACCAAUCAUUUUAAGUGGAGAAACUGAAAUAGAAGAUGAAGAAGAUGGAUCGAAGAAAAGUCGUAAGAUUAUUGUUAUCGAUUACGCUGGAAGGCCUAAAAGAAAAUCUUCUGUUGAAAGAAAAGAUCUGGAACUUAUUAUUCGAAAUGUGAAGAAAAGAAGAUCAGAACUACUGGAAGACAAAAAUGGAAAACGAUAGAUGAAAAAAAAAAAAAAAGACAUUCUGUUUAUUUUCCUGGAAAAGGUAAAAGUUUUCCAUAUUCAUUAUCACCUUAGACACCGUAAAACAGAUUUUAAGCAUCAUUUUACAUUUUAUAGUUUUCUUCGUUGUCACUUUUGUGGAGAUAACGUCAUUAUAUUUUUGGAAAAAAGAGCAUUUUUAAUAGGAAUGCCCUAAUAACAUAAGCCUGAAGAAUUGUAACUACUUUACUUUGAUUUCAAAUUCUGUACAGUACGCUUUGUGUAUAUUUCAUUGAAUAAAAAUGUAUUUUUGUCAUA